UAAACGAUUCGGUGUCUAACAUCUGGAAAUUUCCACUAGGUGCCGUUCCGACGUCACAACUAUGAAGCAAAAUAAUCGAGUCGGUCGAUUCAUGGAGUUUGAAAAGUAAUCGGUUACACUCGAUUAAUCGGGAAAACAAAAUUCCAUUUAAUCGAAAAUCGAUUUAGUGCUCACGAUGGCACGACCGUCUUUGCACUUAUGAACCGGCACCUCCACUCUGACAUAACCUAAGUGAUUAAUAGUUGCGAAUUUGGUUACGAAUACCGAGACUUACCGUUCGGCUACCUCGCCUAAACAUGACGGUUCCCAAUUCCAAGAACUCAUUUCUUACCUCGCUCGUAUCUGGCGGUGCUGCAGGAACUUUUGUAGAUGUUGCGUUAUUCCCGCUAGAUACUUUAAAAACUCGGCUGCAGAGUCAGAGGGGAUUCCUGCAAUCAGGUGGUUUUACGGGAUUGUAUCAUGGAAUCAAACCAGUUAUACUUGGCUCAGCACCAACCGCUGCAUUGUUUUUUGUGACUUAUGAUAGUGUCAAAAUAUUCCUAAAACCAAAAGUUGAUGAGAGGCAUCACUUUCUCAUUUACAUGGGAGGUGCCACUUUCAGUGAAAUGGUAGCCUGUUUAAUAAGAGUACCAGUUGAAGUAGUGAAACAAAGGAAUCAAGCUCUGCUAUCUGGCAAAGAACGUCUUGGUAUAAAGUUACUGUAUCGUGGCUACUGGAGUACAGUUUUGAGGGAUACUCCAUUUAGCCUGUUACAAUUUCCACUGUGGGAAUAUUUCAAACACAGUUGGAGCCACAAAGUCGAUAGGGAAUUAAAACCAUGGGAGGGAGCCGUAUGUGGUGCGGUUGCAGGUGGCAUCUCAGCAGCAGUAACUACACCACUGGAUGUAGCAAAAACUAGAAUAAUGCUUUCCAGUGUAACAGUUGGUAGUUCUGAGUUGAAAAUUUUCUUUGUCCUUAGGGCAUUGUACAGAGAAAAAGGAGUGCAAGGGCUAUUCGCUGGUAUUUCGCCACGCGUCGUUUGGAUAACUGCUGGCGGUUUCAUAUUCUUUGGUAUUUAUGAAGAGACAAAAGUUAUAAUGGGAAAAUUAUUUUCAACGAAAACCAGAGUACCUAAUCUAUAAUUUAACUUGUAAACACGGUUGAUGGUAAAAAUUAUGCGGUGACAUUGAAGCACCUCUGUACAUUUCUUGGGAAUGCAUAGAAUCACGUCGCUGAAACAUCCAUGCCUUUGUCCAUACAAUUUUGUUGAACAUCCACGCUACUCUCAGUAAAUCAGGUAUAUUAUAAUAUAUACCCUCAACACACGAUUUACCAAGACAAACUUUAUUGUGAGGCUUAUGGGAAAAUUGCAGCUUUUGUCAAUUACCAACUUUGAUUUAUAUUAAUCAGGAAAUAAAUUGCUCAGGAUUGACCCAAUUGUGAAAUUCAAAUAUCGCUGCGUCAAAUUAGAUGUUGGGUUGAGGCGGCAAUGUAGACCAGCCAGGUAAGAGAAGCAAUUCACUUUGACCAGAGACGCUUUGGUGUUGAUUACAUUAUAUAUUCCUCAUAGAGUUGUACACAAAUUUUCCAUUUACUUAUUUAUUACUAUUGAAUUGAACUUAAUUUGAUCGUCGACAUAACGAAAUUUAAAUAUGAAUUUUAAAUACAAUUGAAAAUGAUCUACUGUUCAUCGAACCCUCUGGAAAUGUUUAUCACAUAUAAACACAGAUCGUCGUGACCUGUGGACAUUGCUCAUCAACGAAUGACAUCGACGGUAACAAAUUGUAGAUAGAUUAUGCUAUUGUCUGUUAAUCUUCGUUGCCACUUUAGUUAAGUUCAGUGCAUAAUAAUAUAAGAUUUGUUUAAUGGUAUGCUUAUUAUUUUUUCUUCGAAAACUCUAUUAAACUUAGUUUCACCCAUUUAGUUAAAUUA